GCCUGCGCAGACGCCGAGCAGUCCAGGCUCGAUUAGUGCAGCUCGACGAGCUGCUCGUCCCGUUCGCGGCGAUAUUAUUUUCGACGAAGAAAUUAUUAAUACCGCGCGAGAAAGCGUUAUCGGCCAAUUAAACCCCGAAGUGAACGAUAAAAGGGUACCUCGGCGAACGAAGGCCGCGCGGCCCGUCGAUGUUUUCGAUCGCGGACCUAACCUAACUUCGUCGGCCGGAAAAACACGUAGGCUAUCCGCGAUUGCACAGUGAACGGUAAACUUUGUGUCGUGACCAGAACGUAUAUUCGCCUGUGUUUUGUCGCGAGCCUGUCGUGCGAUAUCUCGAACUAUGGACGAAUAAAAAUUCGCUGUGAAACGUCAGAAGAAACGCCGUUCUCCCGGCCGGUCUGCUUUCAUUUAAAUCGAACGUGAAUAACAACAGUUUUCCUCCGAACGAAGUUUUUCCUUGCGUCUCUCCCCGUCCACGAAGUUGAUAAAGCCACCGAGACAUCUUUUUUUUUCGCCGAUCAGUCAUCGACCAACGAAUCUUCGUUUAGCGAAUCGAUUUAUCCGGCUGUCGGGAGGAUCUCGUCUCACGAGCUGCCGAACUCCGACCAAGGACAAAAUGGAGGUCCAGACGCCGUACUUGAACGCGAUCCAGUUGAUCCCUGGUGAAACCAUCGGCGAGAAAUACAGAUGGAUAGCGACGUUGAUAAAGGAGCGGAUCUCGGAGUGCAACAGUCUCGAGGAAAUAGUCGAAGGAAUGAAGGUGCCCCGCUUAUUAGCGCCUUUGAUUCAAGUGAAGACGGCUCAGAUACUGAUCAAACAGGACUCAAAGAACCAAGACAACUACAAAGCCAUCUCGGAAGCGUUGAAGUCCGAGGACACGGAGGUGGUAACGGAAGCGUUUCGAGUUAGGAGCUUCUUCGACGGCAGCAACAAGACAUUUACCAACGUCGAGUACUUCCUCAAUCAAUUGUUCCCCUUCGUCUCCCUGAACACCCGGAAUCGCAUAAUCAAGAACUUAUCUAUCCGGUUGAAGGAGCCGGCGCUCGCCGAGGAGUUCUUCAACGCCAUUACCGCGACUUACAGCCUGGAGCAAGCGUUACCUCUGCUGCCUGCCUGCAGCGAGAGUUUCACGUACGAUACCAUCGUGAAGAGGAGGAUCGUGCUCAGCCGGAAGCUGGUGCAGGCGAUCUUCCACAAGAAUCCCGACCUCAUCGUGCGCUACUUCAAGCUGAGCAAUCCGAUGGUGAAACCCGAUUGCAGGAACCUCCACAAGGUGGACAUCAGACGCAUGUGCGACUUCCUCGCGGCGCUCAUCAAGAAGAGACUGAGCGCGUUCGUCGAGCUGUACGAGAUGCACGAGGAAGCGCCGAUGCUCGUGAAGCUGAGCAGAAAGCGAGCCGUGUGCUUCCUGAAGAACGGCAAGGACCAUCUCCUGAGGAAGCCGAAGCUGUUCAUCGAUCUGGUGCCGCUGCAGAUGAUCAGUGCCACACGCAUGGAGAUCAUGUUCCCCAAGCUGUUCCCGGAGGAACGCGCCAACUUCCACACCGAUAGUAUGCUCGACUAUUUGGCCUAUUACCCGGAAGAAAAGAAGGUGGACCUGUUGAUCAAGUCCUACCGCGAUGUCUACGGCGAGAACAUCCUGGACGAGAGCAACCAGGUGACGUCCAAGCUGAUGUGGCUGUUGCCGGCGGAUGAGAGGAUCAGGCAAGCCAAGAUCAAGAUAGAGAAGGGCAUCCGGCACCAUAUCUCGGACUACAGGCAGACGUGGAGGUGCUACCUACUUACCAAAGACACGAUACCCAAGAUCAAGGAAGAGAUCGCGAUAACUCCGGAGAUAGACUUGAGGGCGAUUCUGGUCUCCCAGAUGAUCUGCAAUUGCAGAGUGAACAACGAUGAUCAGGCGCUGCUGGAGGUCCUGACCUACGUCAGAGACAGGCACAAGAACGAGCAGCCCAUAUUUCUGAUGAGUGUCCUGAAUGUUCUGAUGGAAUUAUACGAUCUUCCUCGUCUCAACAAGGAGAUAUGGUCGGUACUGAUGGACAUUAUAGUACGCGCCCAUGUAAAGAACGAACUGGCGCCUGGCAACAACAUCAGCAACGACAUCGUCGAGGCGGCCAUUCACUUUAGGAUCCUCAAUAAGCAACCGAUGGACAAGGAGAUCGGUAUUCUGGUGGACUUGAAGUCCCGGAGCAUGACGAUGUGGAACAUCCUUCGAAAGUAUCCCGAGCACGAGAGGACGUGUUUGGAGGCUUGCCUGGCCGUGGUCUUGCAACGCUACAAAUCCGGCAAGAAACCAUGGAGCGAAAAAUGGUCCGGGAUCCUGCGCGACAUCGUCAUGUCUAUCUACGAAUUCAACAAAGACCACGUGAAGAAGAACACGCGAGUGGAGCCCAUGUCCCUAAAGAACUAUCCCUGGUUGCUGAAGGAAGUCGAGACGAUAAUAAAUUCGAACGUAGAGAAGGACUGCUACACGAUCAUGUCUUUAAAGCACAUCCUCCGCGAGAACGAUAUAAGCUUGUUCAAAAGUUUCUGCGCGGAAGAGUCGAAGGAACAGGAAACAGACAUGACCAAGGCGUUCGCGUUGCUGAAGAAAGACCCGAACAGCAUCUUGUCCAGAUGGAAGGAGUACUUGGUCACCUUCUACAGAAAUUAUUACACAAGGUACGCCAGGCGAUUCAUGCGGGCUACCCGAUGGUACAACGAGAUCCCGGUGAAGUUCCUGCAGCAGAGCCUCGAUGACCUGCACUCCAAGAAGGACGCUACCUGCCUGGAGGCCAUAGCGUUGCUCGUCCAUGGCGAAACGCUGACCAAGAUUCUGGAGCCACUGGCCCCUCGGGGCCAGAUGCUGGACAUCCACCACGAGCAGGCGCAGGAGGACUACACGUUCUCGCACUACGCCAUCAACUGCGCCAAGUACUCGAACCCACCGAUUCCCAUGACGCUCUUGUACCGGUACUGCGAAGGAGACUAUUUAGGGCAGGCUCUGAUGGCCAUUGUCAAUCUAUGCCGACGCAGCUCGCCGAUACAUGUCCUCGCUUUCGCCCGGACCCUGACCACUCAACGAGUAUCCGUCCGGAAGCACGGUAUCCGAAUGGUGCGGCUGGUGGCGCCGAGGGAUCAGCUCCACGAGUUUCUGCUGUCCCAAUGGCAGACCGAGAAGCACUACUCCAUCCGGGAGGUCCUGUUCUCCACCGCGAGGACGCUGUUCGCCAAAGAACCCGGGCCUGCCAGCUGGUCCCUGAUCAGCCCGAUGAUCUUGACGCUCGGCGAGAAGAACGCCUCCGCGAUUAUGGACUUGAUCAAGAUGAUCCCGUCGUUCCCCGACGAGUACAUCGGGGACUACGUCCGCUUGAUCAUAUCCGUGAUCGACAAACUGUCCCAGGACGUCGGCCCCUACUGGACCAGCCUGAUCGAGAAUAUCAGCCCGAUCAUCUGCAACCUGUUGCCCGAGGAGCUCUCCGAGAUCAUCCUGCGGAAGUUCCUCUUCGUUCACUCGCCGGUCUCGAACGACGUGAUCUCGGAGUUCGCGCUGAACUCGUACCUGAUGCACGCCGGCGACAAGUUCGACGCCAGGAUGAAGAUCUUCACCGACGUUUUCGUGCAGGCUGUGAAGAACAGCUGGGACGUGCCGAACCCGAAGAGGCCGCACGUUCGCGACACUAAUCACUCCGUCUACAUGUUCAUGGCGCGCACGGUUCUCAAUGUACGCGGCGACAAUCAGCUCAGAGUACUCGACGGGAUUCGGAACGCGUUCCUCGCCAGCCUGACGCCCCAGAUGGACCCUAUGUCCUACUUGUUGCUGCUCUUCAAGAGGGAGCAAGUGGCCGCCGGCACGCCCAAGGACUUCGGGCUGAGCAUCGGCCGGAAGCUCGAAGAGCUCAUCGACAUCUACACGAAUCUGUUCUUCGGAUUCAUUAUCUGCGUCAUCAACUUAUUCAGUUUCGAGGAUAUGUUCCCGGAUUACCACAAGGACGACGCGAAAUUGGCGAUGAUCGAGGGACUGAUGGAGGUCGGCUCACCGGAAGCUGCCGUGAUCGCCGUGCACGCGCUCGCCCCGGUCAGCGAGAAGAAGUACGUGCAGAGAUACGACGAUCUGGUCGCGAAGCUCUUGAAGUACGACCAUCCGGCGGUGAAAAGCAUUGCCUGUAAUCAUAUUAAUAAAACGAGCCACAACGAAUUCUUGUUUGAAACAUUGUAAAUUUGUUGCACCGUUUUCUAUCGAGUUCCACAGCGUUUUCUUCUGUAUUUAUUGUUGAUGCUAUCCGCGUCGUUGCCGCGACGGCGAGACUGCGGCUCGAUCUACGGACACCUCCCCGCGGCUAAAUUGCACGGAGACUUCGCGCGGUCCAGUGAUCAUUGUUUACACUUUUGUAUAGGCUUUUAACGGAGAGCUGCAGAUUUUCUUUGUUUCUCGGACAGCUCGUGUAAAACGAAUCCGUAUUUAAGCGAACGCACUGAAACGUAUUUUACUAUGUCGGCGAUAAUAUUGCUUUAUUUUUUGAAAGAUUUAUUGUAGUGUUACGAGAUGUAAACGAAGUGUGUAUACUUAAACAAGAUUGUACUUUUCUACACAUUCCUAUGUAUAUUGUUUAUAUAUGUUUAUAAAUAUAUUGUUAAAGAUG